AUGUUGCGUUCAAUCGCCGCCAGAAGACUUUUUUCUUCGACUUUGGCAAGAAAAGACACCCUUGCGUUCAUUGAGGUCGCCAACGGCAAGGUCCUGGCGGCUUCUUUGUCUGCCAUCAGCGCUGCUAAGGCCAUUGGAAAACCCAUUCUGGGUAUUGUGCUUGGCCCAGAGGGCGAAAAAGGUGCUGAAAGCGCCGCCAAGAUCGACGGUUUGGCCAAGUUGCUCGUCGCCAAAGACGCCAAAUACGACCACUACCUUGCGGAGGAGGUGGCACCUUUGCUCAAGGAGCUCGUGUCGAAAAACAGCUACACCCACUUUGUGACACCUGCUUCUGCUGUGGGCAAGUCGUUCUUGCCUCGUUUGGGUGCUUUACUUGAUGUUCAGCCUGUUUCUGAUAUCACCAAGGUCGUUUCCGAGGACACUUUUGUGAGACCAAUCUAUGCUGGUAACGCCUUGGCUACAGUCAAGUCCAAGGACAAUGUCGUGCUUGCAUCGGUGAGAGCCUCUGCUUUCCCUCAGGCUGAGCUCUCUGGCAGUGCUUCCAUUGAGGAUGUUUCUGAAGCCGUGGAGUCUGGAAACAGAACUGAGUUCGUUGGUGAGGACCUCGUGAAGUCCGAGAGACCCGAGCUCGGCUCGGCCUCCAGAGUCGUUUCCGGUGGCCGUGGUCUCAAGAACAAGGAGACCUUCGACUCCAUCAUGAACCCCUUGGCUGAGAAGCUCAAUGCUGCCAUUGGUGCCUCCAGAGCUGCCGUGGACGCUGGCUACUGUGACAACUCCUUGCAGGUUGGUCAGACCGGUAAGAUUGUUGCUCCUGAGUUGUACGUUGCUGUCGGUGUUUCUGGUGCCAUCCAGCAUCUUGCUGGUAUGAAGGACUCCAAGACGGUGGUUGCCAUUAACAAGGACCCCGAGGCUCCUAUUUUCAAUGUUGCAGACAUUGGUUUGGUGGGUGACCUCAACGAGGCCGUGCCUGAGUUGGUCUCGAAGUUGUGA